ACUAUUAAUCUCUCUCUCUCUCUCUCUUUUCUUUGAGAAAUUCAUUCCCUCACUUUCUCAAGUUCUCUCUCUCUCUUUCCUCUCUGGUUUUACGCCGGCUGGCAGCAGAAACCCCUCGUCUUUCCCAUUUAUAAACCUACACCUGCUUUUCAUUCUCACACACUCGUUCUGAAAGCAUCAAAUAGUCCCUACUUUCACUUUAACAGUACUCUUUUCUCUCCCUAGAUUCUCUCUCUCUCUCUAAAGUGAAAGUUUCAUUUUUUGACGCUUCUUUGAAUCCUUGAAAAUGGGUUUGCAUGCAUUGUGUUGCUAAGGACCUUUUUUCACUCACCUAUUUAGCUACCUAGCAAUACUGUUGAAGCUUGUCAAUAUCUCUGUCAAAAGGGGUUUACACUGAUUUUGGCUUCGUGAUUAUCGUACUCAACUGUGUAUUUAUUUUUUUGAUCCUAUAUGAGGAACAUUUAGUAACGGUUGGGCUGAGAUUUAAAUUUUAAGAGAAACCAAACAGAAAGCAAAAAAGAAAAAAAAAAGAAGAAGAUUAUAAAAGUGAAAAGAAAUAAUGGGUCCUUCAACGAACUGGUUGUCUUUCUCACUGUCUCCGAUGGAAAUGCUGAGGUCCUCUGAGUCUCAGUUCAUGAGCUACGAGAACUCCUCCACUGACUCUCCUCACUACUUGAUCGAUAACUUCUAUACCAACGGCUGGGCAAACCAAAAUGAAGUCAAAGAAGGUGAAGCACAAAACCUUGGCGAUUCAUCUUUUCUUACAAGUUUGAUUGACCCACAAAUCCAAAACCAACAAGUUAUUCCAAAGCUUGAAGAUUUUCUGGGUGACUCGUCGUCUAUGGUUCGGUACUCGGAUAGCCAAACCGAGACCCAGGACUCGUCCCUGACCCAAAUCUAUGACCAGGGUUCAGCGUACUUCAACGAGCCACAAGAUCUCAAAACAAUAACUGGGUUUCAGGCCUUUUCUACUAACUCAGGCUCAGAAGUGGAUGACUCGGCCUCAAUUGCUAGGACUCAGCUCGCAUGUGCCGAGUUUGGGGGUCAAUCGAUUGAGUCAGCUGGGACCGAGCUGGGGUUCUCAAACUGUGCCAAUGUCACAGGAGGAGCUUUGUCACUAGGGGUCACUCAGACUCACAGCUCUGAGCAAAAACCCAUUGUUUCGGUUGAGUCUGAUGGCACUAAAAAGAUUGCUGAUACUUUUGGUCAGCGAACUUCGAUCUACAGAGGAGUCACAAGACACAGGUGGACAGGUAGAUAUGAAGCGCAUCUAUGGGACAACAGCUGUAGAAGGGAGGGGCAGGCUAGAAAAGGGCGUCAAGUAUACUUGGGUGGAUAUGACAAGGAAGAUAAGGCAGCGAGAGCUUAUGAUUUGGCAGCCCUCAAAUAUUGGGGUCCCACUGCAACUACCAACUUCCCUGUUUCAAAUUACUCCAAAGAAUUGGAAGAGAUGAAACAUGUGACAAAGCAAGAAUUCAUUGCUUCUCUGAGAAGGAAGAGUAGCGGUUUUUCAAGGGGAGCCUCUAUAUACAGGGGUGUAACAAGGCAUCAUCAACAGGGGAGAUGGCAAGCAAGGAUAGGCCGAGUUGCUGGGAACAAAGAUCUUUACCUUGGAACCUUUGCCACCGAAGAGGAAGCAGCCGAGGCCUAUGAUAUUGCAGCCAUAAAGUUCAGGGGUGCAAAUGCUGUAACCAAUUUUGAGAUGAACAGGUAUGAUGUGGAAGCUAUUGCCAAGAGUUCUCUGCCCAUUGGAGGGGCGGCUAAGCGCUUGAAGCUCUCACUAGAAUCAGAGCAGAAACCGGUAAUAACCCACAAUCAGCAACCCCAGACUAGCAGCGGCAGCAACAGCAGCAUCAAUUUUGCUGCAAUUCAGUCUCUUCCGGCCAUACCUUGUGGAAUUCCAAUAGAUGCUUCGACAGCAGCAUUCUACCAUCACAACCUCUUCCAGCACUUUCAAUCCAAUAACAUCGUCACUACUUCAAACCCCCCAGGUUCUUCAAGCAUUGCAACUCCAAUGAAUAUAUAUCAUCACCCACAAGCUGAGUAUUUCUUAUGGCCUCACCAGCCUUAUUGACAACGUGACCCAAUGUUGAUCACUUCACUGAUAAUGCCAAAUUUCCAGCCAAAUUAACAAUACCAGAAAACAAGCUCUAGUUGUGGCAUUUUCCCGAAGCUGACCAACAUCUGACCCUCUCACAGUUAUACUCUCUCUAAUUCACCUCUUAACCUGGGAAAAGAGGAAAGGCAGGAGGUUUUUUGUUCUGAUGGCUAAAGUUCUAGUUACAGUAGCUAGGAAAACUGGAUUUUGUAAUUAACUUUGGUUCAAUGCUUAGAAUGUUACAGUGGUUGGAGAAAAAUACUUUUGAAUGGGGGAUCCAUCCAUCUAGUUCCAAAAAAGAAGAAAAGUUUUUAGUAUUGUUACUACUGUCCAUGUCAGCAUUUUAUGAUCCUUAUUCAUCUCCAAAUUCCUUUUGUUUU